AUGGGAGAACCAGAAAAGAUGGUUGAGUCGCCAGACGUUCGUAGUCUGACGGACUCAAGCGAUACUAGCGAAAUGAAAGAACUACCACCGUCGCCAUCCUCUCGCAGCAUAGCAGAAUCGGAUAGUUCUGGAGGCUCAAGCUUGAUGAAAGUAUCCGUGGAUCCCAAAAUUCUGGAAGAUGUUGCAAGACAAUCUGCCACACCUAUCUUGAGAUUUUAUCGUUUCAUCACCUCCGAAUAUCGACUUUUAUUUACAAUCGUGUUUUGUCUCAAUUUGGGAGGCGUCGUGGGAUUCCUGUACCAAUGGGCUACAAAUGGAACACCAAGUCAAACAACAGCUGCUUUAGCAACCUCAAUCAACCUUGUUGUCGCAAUUGUCAUUCGGGAGGAGCAUGUCAUCAAUCUUUUGUACACCAUCUUUGCAUCUGCGCCAAGGUCAUUCCCCCUAUGGCUUCGCAGACGUAUGGGAAAGAUCUACCACUUGGGAGGUCUUCAUUCCGGAUGUGCUUCAGCCGCGACAUUUUGGUUCAUUCUCCUCUCUAUUGAAAGUAGCUGGAGGGGACCAUACAACGCGGAAAAGAUCAUCUUACUCAUUAUCAUCUACAUCUUGGAUAUUCUUCUCAUUUCAAUGAUCGUUAUGGCUCAUCCAUCUAUUCGUGCAAAACUUCACAAUAGCUUUGAAAUCAUCCAUCGAUUUGCAGGAUGGUCAGCACUCGCUCUGCUAUGGACUCUUACCGUACUCACUAGCGAUCUUCAGCGACCAGUAACUCAGAAAUUGUCAAAGGCAUUACUAGUGAACCCAAAUAUGUGGCUCCUCGCUGUCGCCACAGGGAGUAUCAUUAUGACGUGGCUCAAUUGCCGAAAGAUUAAAGUUCAAUCAGAACAACUCUCAACUCAUGCAUUGCGCGUCUAUUUCGACUAUGUUACUCCUUCGCCGGGAACAACUAUCCGUAUAUCCAGCAGUCCUCUCUUCGAAUGGCAUGCAUUCGCCACAGUCGCAGAUCCCAAAAGAGAUGGUUUCUCCCUCAUCAUCUCGAACGCAGGUGACUGGACAAAAAAGUUGAUAAAUGAGCCACCAAAGGAGAUUUGGGCUCGUCGCACGCCCACAUGUGGUGUUUUAAGAAUCGCUCCCAUGUUCCGAAGCAUUUUGCUUGUAGCUACCGGUUCAGGAAUUGCACCAUGCUUACCAGUAAUUCUUGCACAACAAACCCGAAUUAACCUCUUUUGGUCAACUCGAGAUCCAUUGACGACUUAUGGUGAUGAAAUCGGUGGCAUUAUCAAAGCACUAGGACCUAAUGCAUACAUCCACAAUACGACAACAAUGGGAAGACCCGCGACACUUCCUCUUGUGAUACAACAGUAUCGGGAUACUCAGUCGGAAGCCGUUAUUGUAAUUUCAAAUCCUAAAUUGACGAUAAAACUCGUACAGGAUUUGGAAUAUCUUGGAAUUCCAGCCUUUGGUCCUAUCUGGGACUCAUAG